GUGUGUGUGUGUGUGUGUGUGUGUGUGUGUGUGUGUGUGUGUGUGUGUGUGUGUGUGUGUGUGUGUGUGUGCGUUGGUAUUCCUAUCUUUAUGGGGACAUUGAUCUGUAUACACAGUCACCUUAUGGGGACCAAAAACGUUAUGGGGACAAAAAUCUAGGUCCCCAUAAGGGAAACCAUUAAAACAUAUUGGGGAGACUGUAUAUAUGUGCCUUACAAAGUUUUAGCUUAGGCCCAUAACGAACGACCUCAUCGGAUCACACGGUUCACACGGAUUCUCUAUGUUGCCACCUGUAGUCAGGAACCGGAACUUUUUGGGGGUGGGGCUUGGCCGAGCCUUACACACAUUUUGCAAGCCUAAUUUAUGCAAAUCACGGUACCGCCCACUUAACGGAGGUGUUUGCGUGAUUUGCGCAUGUGCAAUAGCUUUGAGAGGUAAGAGCACCGUAAAGUUUUGUUCUAUUAAGCAAUUAUAAUACUUAUCUUUCGAGUAAAAUAAAUAAGAUUAAAUAAACAAUAAAUGUAGGUGUGUAAAAAAGUGGCUGCUAUGUUAAUAUUUUCAAAAAAUUGUUAAAAUGGUGAAACGAGAGCUGCGUUAUGGCGAAGUGUAGUUUUAUCUGACCAUUAAUGAGUUUUCAGCACCACGGGAAGUAGAAACAUAGACGAAAGGAAGAUUCUACUGCUUUUACACGACCAAAUACAGUGAAAGCAGUUUGAAAUGCCACCACGAAUCAGCCCACUUAAGGAUGCCAUUCAUUACGUUGUUUCAAAGACUGACAAAACAUGGAAAUUAGAUGUGAAGUACAUCAAUGCAGAGAAAGGCCGUGGUAUAUUUGCAAAGGGUUUGAUUUGCAAAGGAGAUUUUGUUGUUGAAUAUAGGGGAGAAAUGAUAAAUAAUGCGGAAUCCCAGAGAAGAAGAAAACUUUACCACCCAUCAUGUACUGCAUUUAUGUUUGCGUUCAAGUGGAGAGGGAAAAUGUAUUGUAUUGAUGCCUCUAAAGAAGAUGGAUCCUUUGGGCGGCUAGUUAAUGAUGACCACAGGCAUCCAAACUGUAGGAUGAAAAAAAUUGAUGUGAAUGGAAACCCGCACCUUUGUCUGUUUGCACUAAAUGACAUUAAUGAAGGAGAAGAGAUUUCCUAUGACUAUGGAGGUGACGACUGCCCAUGGAGAAAACAAGCGACCAGCAUUACAGCUAAUGCCAUGGGGCCGGACGACUCUCAACCUUCCCUCUUGUCAAAGACUCCGAUAUAUGAUGCUACUGGACCAAACAACACACCUCAACAGAUUUUGUCUUUUGCUAAUGCCAUGGGGCCGAACGACUCUCGACCUUCCCUCCUCUCAAAGACUCCGAUAUAUGAUGCUACUGAACCAAACAACACACCUCAACAGAUUUUGUCUUUUGCUAAUGCCAUGGGGCCGGACGACUCUCGACCUUCCCUCCUCUCAAAGACUCCGAUAUAUGAUGCUACUGGACCAAACAACACACCUCAACAGAUUUUGUCUUUUGCUAAUGCCAUGGGGCCGGACGACUCUCGACCUUCCCUCCUCUCAAAGACUCCGAUAUAUGAUGCUACUGGACCAAACAACACACCUCAACAGAUUUUGUCUUUUGCUAAUGCCAUGGGGCCGGACGACUCUCGACCUUCCCUCCUCUCAAAGACUCCGAUAUAUGAUGCUACUGGACCAAACAACACACCUCAACAGAUUUUGUCUUUUGCUAAUGCCAUGGGGCCGGACGACUCUCGACCUUCCCUCCUCUCAAAGACUCCGAUAUAUGAUGCUACUGGACCAAACAACACACCUCAACAGACGACCAGCAUUACAGCUAAUGCCAUGGGGUCGGACGACUCUCGACCUUCCCUCCUCUCAAAGACUCCGAUAUAUGAUGCUACUGAACCAAACAACACACCUCAACAGAUUGCCAAUGAAGAUGAGGUUUUUGUACCAAGACUCAGACGGACUAAAAGUAUUGAAAUGAAAGACGCUGUUCCUGACAAUUCUGAUGAACUUUAUGAUUCCACAUCAGGGAGUAAUGAUGAUUAUAUUCCAGAUACCACUUGUGAAAGUGACAGUAGAAGUGAAUACAGCUUUAAACAAAACCUAAGGACCAAGAAUCAUGAGUUCCCAAGUCUGUGA